GUAGUCGAGUCAGAACGGCCAGAAUAAAAAGCUCGUUGGGAGCAAAUUCUUCAGUCACUAUCGAACUUCCCACGAAUGUGGGAUGUUUAGUUUAAGAAGUUAUUAAAUUUAAGAUUAAUGUGUCAACAAAAUGGUGCUGAAUAUUCGAAUAAGUGGUAAAUUAGUGCAAUUUCUCGGUGCAAUUUGUGCCAAUUUUGGUGGUAUUGUUUACGGGCUUAUGGUAGGAUGGCCAUCGGCAACAAUGCCAAUCCUAUCGUCAACAGAUUCACCCCUUCCUUCGGGUCCAUUGACGAAAAAGGAAGUAUCCUGGGUAAUCUCCAUCAUGAUGCUUGGAGGGAUGCUGGGAACGAUAAUUUUUGGCUGGAUGGCAAAUCACUUUGGACGUAAAUGGCCCCUGAUUGUUGGUAUGUUGCCUCAAGUUGUUGCUCAAUCUCUCAUUGCAACAGCUCAAAAUACAUCAUUCCUCUACACGGCGCGUUUCCUUUCUGGUGUCUCUGGAGGAGCUCUCCUUGUCCUUGUCUCCAUCUACGUUAAUGAAAUCUCUGAAAAUAGUAUUCGUGGAACUUUGGGAUCUAUACUGGGCAUUUUCUACGGUUUUGGGGUCAUCAUUGCGUAUAUUAUUUGCGCUUAUAUGCCCUUCUACUCCGUUCCAUAUGUAGGUUUAGGAAUCCUCGCUCUUUUCUUGCUUUUCAUUAUCUUCCCAGAAUCUCCUCAAUAUCUCCUGCUCAAGCAAAAGGAUGCAGAGGCAGAGAAGUCUCUGAAAUUCUUCCGAGGCUCUUCUCGGGGUGAUCAAGUAAAGUUGGAAUUUGAAUCCCUCAAAUCUUCAAUUGAUGCAGCCAGCACAAAAUCUAAUAAUAUAACUUUACAAGAUUUUAAACCAGCAACAACAAGGAAAGCCUUACUCGUCUCCUAUAUCAUUCUCUCUGGUAGAAAUUUGUCAGGAGUCUUCGUGCUUAUGAAUUAUACAGUGGAUAUAUUUCAGCAAGCUGGUACUGGGAUUGAUGCUCACAUCUCGGCCAUAAUUGUAGGAACUAUCCAGCUAGCUGGUACUGUUGUAUCUGCCUACUACACAGACAAAUCCGGAAGAAGAAUCCUCUUGAUUUCUUCUCUCAUUGGUCUAGGACUCUGUCUUACGGCUAUAGGGAUCUAUUUUCGCCUCAAUGAGCAAGGGUACAAUUUAUCAUCAGUCUUCUGGCUUCCCAUUGCUUCACUUUCUGGAAUAAUGUUUUUGGGUGGGCCAGUACAGAAUAUUCCCGUGUAUGUCCUCUCGGAGCUUCUUCCAACCAAAAUCAGGGGUCCGGUGGCUACAGUUUAUAUGGCAUCAGUCUGGCCAGUAACCUUCCUUAUUCUUCAAUUCUACACCCCACUGGCUGAUCUCUUAGGCAUUUAUGGAUGUAUGUGGAUUUUUGCUGGAUGGUGCUUCUUCGAGGCUGUUUUUGCAUAUUUUAUGCUGCCAGAGACGAAAGGAAGAAAUCCCGAGGAGAUUGUCAAAGCUCUCGAGGGAAAGAUUUAACUAAUUUAGUGAUCAACUUAAAUUACGGUACCUGAAAUAUACCAAAAAUAAGGCUGUCACUACUCACAUUUAAUGUACAUAGGAUUGUAAUAAAAUAAUAGACAUUUUUUAAUAAAAUGUUAAUUUUUAAUAAUUUUAAAAAAA